AGGGGGAGGAGCUUAGCGAGGAGCAAAGGCGAGAAGGCGAGGGCAGGGAGAAGCACGGGCAGUGAGGAGACGAGCAGCAGGAAGCGAGGAGGGCUGCCAGGGAAGAGACAAAACCCAGAGAGUGAGAGGCAGAGAGCGAGGCCGACGAGCGGUGAAGGACGCACGUUAAGAGGUGGGCGUGACCGUCCAUCACAGCCAUGUGAACACCACCGCAAGCACGGCAGAGGCGAAGCAAGGCACAGCAAAGCUCAGCAAGGCGAGGCGAAACAAAAGCACGGCAGAAGCAACCUCUUCAACAACGCCUUAAACCAGCCUUGCCGUCAUAACCACCUCCACGGCUUCUGCAACCACGCCUCAGCUCGUAAACCACCCAACCACGCCUCGUCAACAACGCUGCUGCACUUACCCGCCCUGGCAGUCUCUACCCUCCGCCGGCGCCUCAAUCGCCCCAGUGCCCUCCUCCAUCCUACACCAGUUGUGCCGAUAUGGAGGCCAGACUCUCCAACGGGUCACCUUUACAGCAAGAGCAAGAGUGUAAACAAACCCUCGCAGCGCCGCGGCCGUGAACUCACCGGCUGCCCGCAACACCCAAGUUAAUACCUUUACUCGCCUUUACCUGGACCAACACUACACAGACUAAUUACCUGGAACACGUGGGUCAUGACGUAUACACAGGGAUCGGAUUAAGCGUGUGUAAAGCCUUGAGCGACGUAAAAAAGCAGUGGGCCCCGAGCUCCGUGGGCAUGGCGAGUGAGGCGAGCAUGGAGGGCGGAGACAAGAAGCCGCUCUUCACGCCGCAGGAGAUCGACCAGAUCGCCAAGUUCCUGGUCCUGAACCAGCGGCGGGAGCGCGAGAACAUGAUCAUCCCGCGCAGCUUCACGCCCACCGUCAUAAAGUCCAAGGAGGAGAAGAUGGUGGAGGCGACCUUUGAGAGCUGCGCCUUCAAGUCCGUGCUGUCCCUGGUGGCCGGGUUUGUUCUUGGUGGUGGCAUUGGUCUGUUUGCUGCCAGUGUUACACCCAACAUCCCCACGCCAGACAAGCCUCAGCCGUCUGCCCGAGAGGUCCUCCGGGAGUUGAAGGUUUCCACGUUAUCAUACGGGAAAAACUUUGCGGCUAUCGGGUUCAUGUUUUCUGGUGUGGAGUGUGCCAUUGAGACGUACCGAGGGAAGACUGACUGGAAAAAUGGCACCUACGCAGGAGGCAUCACGGGCGGCAUUCUGGGACUGAGAGCUGGCGUCAAGGCCGGGGUGGUCGGAGCGAUUGGGUUUGCUGUGUUCUCCUUUGCCAUUGACUCCUACAUGAGGCACUGAGCGUUGGUGUUACAUAAUGAUCAGAGUUGGGGGGUGAGAUCGGGGUGUCAGUUGUUAGUAGGGUGUGAAUGUGUGGUGACUGAAUGAAGGGAUGUCUUGGCCUUGGAUUGGGAGGUUGUCACUUUGUUUGGCAGGGAGUGUUAAUAACGGCUUGCUUGUUGAGUUGUGAAUGCUCUCAGACUGUUGUGGCUCAUACCUUGGAGUCUCCUUAACUGUUGAAUUUGUAUGAAGAAAACCACACAGUAUAUUUUGCAAGAAAUGUGGAUGCAAAUGUAGAUCUUGAAUGCUCUCUUUGGUAGGUGUUUUGGUGUUCAUGUAUUCCAUUCCUUUAUUCAUUUAAUCUUCUCUUUCUUUUUGUUUUACAUCUUAUUUUUCUUUUCAUUCAUUUAGUCUAUCAAAGAAUUCAUCUGAGUAGAAACUUUAAAGGCCUUCCAUGAUUUUCUUUGACUUUCUUAUCUGUUGACUACUGUUUGCUUAAGGUUAUGAAGGAGGCAUCGUUGGACUUGGCUAAGUAAUGAGUCUUUUAAAGUGCAGAGGAAAUGAUUGGCUCCUUUACUUUCCAUCAAAACCACUAGGGCAUGAUGGAGGUGCUAGAGAGGGAGUGUUGAGUGUGCAUUGGUAUUUUUGCAUCUUAUUUUGCUCCUUCAGGGUGACUUAAGAACAUUUGACUUGCAUAGUAGAGUGUUGGAUGCUUUUGUGUUUGCCAAGAGUACUAGAGGAUGAUGGUGUUAGUGAAGGAGUGUUAGUGUGCAUUAGUAAGCUGGCCUCAUCUUUUGAUCCUCAUUGGUGACUCUUAUGAAUACUUGACUCACAAAGUAGUGUUAAUAAAGGCUUUAGUGUUUACCAAGACCACUAGACAGGGAUGGAGAUAUUGGUGAAGGAGUGAUGGAUGUGCAUUGGUGGCCAAGCUAGGGUGACUUAAGAACAUUUGACUUGCAUAGUAGAGUGUUGGAUGCUUUUGUGUUUGCCAAGAGUACUAGAGGAUGAUGGAGGUGUUAGUGAAGGAGUGUUUAGUGUGCAUUAGUAAGCUGGCCUCUUAUUUUGAUCCUCAUUGGUGACUCCUAUGAAUACUUGACUCACGAAGUAGUGUUAAUAAAGGCUUUAGCGUUUACCAAGACCACUAGACAAGGAUGGAGAUACUGAAGGAGUGAUGGAUGUGCAUUGGUGGCCAAGAUAAGAGCGUUGCUGUUUUGUGUUUUGUUAGUGAUGGUCCUUCUGUUCGAUAUGUUUGCUAGAUAAUUGCAUCGUUUCUUCUAGUUGUCAAGGUGAUCCUGUUUUUUUUUUAGUUAUGUUUGUUAGAUCAUUGUUUCUUUUAGUCAUCAAGUGUUGUUUGUGUUAGUUUAGGGACCAAUAGAGUGUCUUCGUAGUUUCAUUCUCAUCUGUUCAAGUGUCAUUUGUUGGCCUUCACAAAAUUUUCUGGUGAGAUCUUAACACUUUGCAUCCCAUAUCUGAAGGGCAAACUUUCAUUGAGAUAUAGUUUGUUUUGGAAGCUGUAUAUAUGUAUAUGUAUGACUAAUGAGCAGAAGUUUUGUUAUAAUUAUAUUUUGUACAUACAUAUAAAAAAUCAGUACGCUGUCUA